UGUAUUUAUGGUGUGGAGGACGAUUCCUAUAAAGACAAGAACAUGCUUUGUUUAACCACGUGUUUCAUGCUACAGGAAAAUGAGAGGUUCACAUAUUUACUUGUGUUCAGUACCUUUCUCUUACGUUGUAGAUUUAUCUCAACAGUUGUUUCACAAUACGUUUCUUAUAUCGAAUACAUCGCCAACCAUUAGUCUGAUCACUCUUGAUUGAUUAUAUCUGUGGCUAUAGUGACUUAGUGCGACACAUCAACACAAGAAUGGAUAUCAACAGGUGGAGUCUUCAAUGUAUGACUGCUCUUGUAACCGGUGGAACCAAGGGAAUUGGGUAUGCAAUAGUGGAGGAACUUGCAAGUUUUGGUGCAAGAGUGCACACGUGUGAUAUAGACCAAACUUCGCUUGAUGAAUGCUUAAGUGAAUGGCAAAGAAAAGGGUUUCAAGUCAGUGGUUCAAUUUGUGAUGUUACCUCUCGACCUCAAAGAGAUCAGCUGAUGCAGACUGUUUCUUCUCUAUUUGGUUCCAAACUCAACAUCCUUGUUAACAAUGUUGGCAAGUUCAUGUUAAAGCCAACUUUAGAAAGUACAGCAGAAGAUUUCUCAAGUUUGAUGUCUACCAAUUUGGAAUCUGCUUACCAUAUCUCCCAAUUGGCUCAUCCUUUGCUUAAAGUCUCGGGGAAUGGUAGUAUCAUAUUCAUUUCCUCUGUAUCAGGGAUUGUCUCUGGAACUGCCUCCGUAUAUGGUGCAACAAAAGGAGCCAUGAAUCAACUGGGAAGAAACUUGGCAUGUGAAUGGGCAAGUGAUGGUAUAAGGGUUAACUCUGUUGCUCCUUGGGUCACUGCAACUUCACUUGUCAAAAAAUAUCUUGAUGACAAGAAGUUCGCCGAGGCUAUGUUCUCAAGAACCCCAUUAGGCCGUGCGUGUGAGCCGCGUGAGGUUGCGUCUUUGGUUACAUUUCUUUGUCUGCCUGCAGCUUCUUAUAUAACAGGACAAACCAUUUGUGUUGAUGGAGGUUUCACUGUUAAUGGCUUUUCCUACAAGCCAGAGGUUUAAACCCUAGAAAACAUUUCUAGAACAACAUUGUUGUGAUGUAUGAACAAUACGUUAUGUUUAGUUUUCUUAUAAACUCGAUUACUGCAUCAUGUCCAAGUAAAAUGAAGCUUUUGAAGCAGAGAUCUUGGAAUCAGAGUGUUUGUGUGAGUAAAUUUGGGUUCCUUUGAUUACUUUUAGUGAUAACAUAAGAGCUUAGUCUGUGAUCAUACCACCCAACAACGACUAAAGCAGAAAAAAUAAAAAUUUAUUAAGGUCAGCGGAUUGUAAAAUUUAUAUUGAUUCUUCAAAGAUUAUAAUUACUGAUUUUAGCAAAUGUAUUAAUUACUUUGUCGUAACUCAUACCGUAUUCUUUUGUGUUUAGCUAAAGUAUUGAUUUGAAAUACUCCAAAAUAACCGGGAAAAUAAACAUUUAAAUCCUUAACUAUUUGAAAUUAGCAAGUUUAAUAUUGAAGUAUUGUUUGCACGAUUUUAUUCCCCAACUAAUAGUUGACUUGACAAAUUGGUAAUUUAAAAAAUCAGCCGUUAAAUCAUAAACGAUUCUCAUUAGUUUUAUAUCAAUUAUCCUCGGCACUGAACCUGAAAAACUCAAAAUUCCCAAAUUCUAAUUCUAAUUUGAGCGAAGACGAUUUCCGACGACGAAAAAGACAAUUUUCGAUGAUAUUUGUUUCUGUGAUUUGGCCGGAUUAGUUUUUUAUCACCAGAAACCGUCUAUAUUGUCACUGAAAUCGUCAUCACUCAAAGUUAGAGUUUGAAUUUGAGAAUUUCGAGUUUUUCAAGUUUAAUGACAAAAAUAAUUGAUAUACAAUUAAAUAAAAUCGAUUUAACGAUUGACCUUUUAAGUUACCAAUUUGCUAAAUCAACUAUUAGUUAGAGAAUAAAAUCAUACAAGUAAUACUUCAAUAGUAAACUUGCUGAUUUCAAUAGUAAAGUUGCUGAUUUCGAGUUUUUCAGGUUCAAUGAUAAGGAUAAUUGAUAUAAAAACUAAAGAAAAUCGAGUUAACGAUUGAAUUUUUAGUUACCAAUUUGCCAAAUCAACUAUUAGUUAGAGAAUAAAAUCGUACAAGUAAUACUUUAAUAGUGAACUUCCUAAUUUCAGGUAGUACAAUUUACCAAAUCAACUAUUAGUUAGAGAUUAAAAUCGUACAAGUACUACUUCAAUAGUAAACUUGCUGAUUUCAAUAGUAAAGUUGCUGAUUUCGAGUUUUUCAAGUUUAAUGAUAAGGAUAAUUGAUAUAAAACUAAAAAAAAAUCGAUUUAACGAUUGACUUUUUAGUUACCAAUUUGUCAAAUCAACUAUUAGUUAGAGAAUAAAAUCGUACAGGUAAUACUUUAAUAGUAAACUUCCUAAUUUCAGGUAGCCCCCCACCUCCCCCUCCCCCACACACAAAUAACUAUAGUACAAACGGGAUUGCUAUAUAAAAAUGUAAAUAAAAAGUAGUAUUUUGUCGUUCCAUCUGAAAUAAGUCGGUUACAGACCAUAAAAAGCAUAUAUGUUUUUACGUGAAUAAGUUUGCAUUUUCCGUAGUCAGUUCUGACAUGUACCUCAUGUCUAUUUUUUGUCCGCAAGCUGAACCUUUUCCGUUACAAAUUUUUCUUUUUUUAAUUUUAUUUCAUGAUAAUACAUCAAUAAUUGAGACCGGUUAAUUUAAUGAACACAAAUUAAAUCAAUAUCAUUUGUACGUAUACAUAAAUAUAAUGUAUAUUUCAAAAUAAAUCACAUCCGAUCAUCAAGCAUGUAAUAAGCCUUUACUUAACUGUGGUUUUAUAUCAACAAUCCUUGUAAACUUAAGGAU